AGAGACGCAGCAUACUUUUGCCGAAGAUGUGUGGUCGUUGGGAACAACACUGUAAUUAAUCAUUUGGGUUUGAGUGAAAUGGGGCAAAAGAAUUGCAAGUUAAAGCCUGAAUUAGUCACCGAACUGGUUCGCAAAACCUAUUUCAGCGAGAAGGAAUUACAACAAUGGUAUAAAGGUUUCCUCAAAGACUGUCCAUCGGGCAACCUUAAUGAAUUGGAGUUCCAGAAGAUUUAUAAACAGUUCUUUCCGUUUGGCGAUCCAUCCAAGUUUGCCUCUUUUGUUUUCAACGUAUUCGACGAAAAUAAGGAUGGAACUAUUGAAUUUAGAGAGUUUAUUUGUGCUCUGUCAGUAACCUCAAGAGGAAGUAUUGAUGAAAAACUGCAGUGGGCUUUUAAGCUGUAUGACUUGGAUGAUGAUGGUUAUAUAACUAAAGAGGAAAUGCUUCAUAUAGUGGAUUCAAUUUACAAAAUGGUGGCCACCAUGGUAAAGUUACCUGAGGAUGAAGAUACUCCAGAAAAGAGAGUGAAUAGAAUUUUUAAUCAAAUGGAUACUAAUGCUGAUGGCAAGUUGUCAAUGGAGGAAUUCCGUGAGGGCUCCAAGUCUGAUCCAUCAAUUGUACAGGCACUGUCACUGUAUGAUGGACUGGUGUAAAGAGUUCUUACCUGAACCAUACCCUCUUGUUGUUUCCCAUGUGACCCUUGCAUGCAAAUGCACUUCACACAUCAAGUGUGUGGUCUUGGCUCACCUGGAUAACAAACACAAUGACAGUGUUAUGUUACUCUCAACACUAAGUGCCCUUUCAUUUGGUGUAUUAAGAGCACUGCACAUGUCCAUCAGCACAGCUUAUACUGAUUAAGCAAACCCUUAUACUGAUUGAGCAAACCCUGCUUUCUGCUAUGCACCACCAAAAUUAUAAUACAUGUACAUUGAAGGUUGCAAUUUUGUUAAGUACCUGAGCACAAUACUGUCUGGUAAAUAGUGAAUGAUAAUUAUGCAUGUAAUAACAGUCCAAAUUUAAAAAAUAGCCAAAGAUUUCCUUUAGAUAAUGAGUGACAGCACCGCACAUAAAACAUACUUAGUUGAUUUUUACAAAGAAUGAAAGGUAGUAGUUAUCAAAUCCAGUUGAGGAAACACAGACUUUCUCUUCCCACCCGUUCAACCAAAAAUUGAUAGGGCUGCCAACAUAGUCAAUGUAACCAUGGUUCAUGGGUUCUUCAUUAUCAAAUGAAGAGGCAAGAGAAGGGUGUAAAAGAACAGGAGGAGAAUUCUUCAUGUCUGAGUAUAAAAAAAGCACAGGUCAUCCAGGAGAAAUCAAAGAAUUACAUACAGAAGCUGGAGAGUUCUUUGAUCUCUGUUAGCAAAUAAAGACAAUUUGUAAUUAUAUAUUUAGUCUCAUGUGGUCACAGAGUAUGUUACUAGGAGCAUGACCAGCAACACCUAUGCUAUAAUUCAUUGCUGUCCUGCAAAAAUCAGAAGUCCAGCACACUGCAAAAAUACUUAGAACUAGAGGUCUCCAUCUGCAUGCUUCAAAUUCACUGUGUCAGCCAUGAAUUACACUUGUUGAGUAGUUUAUAAUCUACAAUUAGUAAUAUAUUUUUGUAAAGAUCUGUGACAAUCAUUAAACUAUUAGUAAUAACCACAAACAUACAAAUGUUCUUGCUUUUCUUUUCUGGUUUUUGGUGGAGUGCAGUUGGAUAAGUGACCAACUAACAUCAUGCAGGGAGGCCGUUCCCUAACCAGUAUUACCGACUUUCCAAGAAAUUUUUCUUGCCGGCUAUAGACUGUAAACAUUAAAUUUGUAGUUCUAAGAAAUUCCGAGUGCCCUACAUAUGAAUUUUUUUAGCCUUCUUAGCUAUCUGUGUAAAGGAGUUCAUCCAAAUAGAGUCCAAAUUGACGUCAGUACUCAGGAAAAUGCCAUUACCUCCAUAUUGGUUCCAAGUGUUCAUUAAUGUUGUUCACUGUCUGUAUCCUGUAACAAAAACAGAAUUUUAGAGUGACUACUAACCCUUUACAAGCUAGCAUCAGAAUGCAUAUUCUCCAUCCUGUUCUUUACACAUUUUGUAAGGUGCUGACAAGGAGAAUUAUUCGUUUAAGAAUCAAGAGCAUCUUUAGUUGGCGAUCAUUUCCUUUAUUCUCAUGACCUUAAAGUGUAAUUUGAGGGUGAUACCGUAAGGAGAAAUUAUCUGUAAAUGAUAUUAACAUUGUUAGGAGACAUUUGAUGCUAAUAACUCCUGGGUGUGACAGGGUUGAUAGAAUGAUGUUCAUUAGCUACAAUAGACAAAAUCCUGGAUUAAGGAAAACU